UCUGCUCUUCCUCACAUCAUCCAUCUCUGGUUCUCCUUUCUCCUUCAAGACCUUUGUAUUUUGUUCCUUUGGAAUAACUCCCAUCUCAUUCCUACCCUUCCUUUCCAAUUACCCUCCCUCAAAUACCCUUUUCCCAGUUCGAAACCGUCUAACGGGGUGAGGAUCUCACAGACAUUGCCAAAGCGUCCUCUUCACGGAACCAGCCGGCAAUCAUGACCAAGUUCACUUUCGCCAAUUCCUCCGAGAAGGUACCCGGUGAUGGGAUCCUCCCCGCCCAAUUCUCCAUCAGAGCGGCCCCUCAAACAGAUGCUUGGUCCAAACCUCCAUCCACAGACACAUUCACUGCGCCGAUUCUAUACCGGAGUGUUCCGUUGAAGUCGUUCAAACGGGUCAGAGUCGCCUUCAAUGCAGUCUGGCAGCAAAACUAUGACCAGGGUGGACUCAUCCUUGUCCUCAACGGUGCGGGAGGCACCCGGAAAUGGGUCAAGACAGGCAUCGAACUCACCCGUGGCCGACCUCACCUGAGUACCGUCACCAAAGACAACUGGGCGGACUGGAGUCUGCAGCCUGUCCCGUCAGGAGGUGGAGCGGCGACACUAGAGCUGGUCCGAGAGUCAGACAAUAGCCUGUGGAUUUAUCUUGUGGAAGGCAUCCAGAAAUCCCCUCUUCGGGAAGUCACCUGGGUGUUCGAGGAACCGAAUGUUCAAGACCUCUGGGUGGGGCUCUAUGCAGCACGGCCUUCGAAAGAGGGGGAGGACCUGGUGGUGAACUUUGGCCAUCUGAUACUCGACACGUCAGAUUAAUGGAUGUCCUGUGUGCAAAUGUAUCUUAUGCAUAAUGUCCAUGGUGGUCAUGUCAUCUAGAUAUUGUCCCGAAUCGAUUGGCAGUCCCUAUAAUGUUGAUACUUCGGAUGAUGGAUU